GCCCGGCUGCCCCCUAUGCACGCGACGGAAUCGUCUUGACCCAACCCCUCCCGUUCGGCCACUGCCUCGAGCAGCGCGAGAUCGCCGUCGGUCCGCCCCGACGCCAUGAUGGAUCCCUCCUCCUCCUCUUCCAACGCCGUCCCGGCCGCCGCCCCAGUUGUUGGUGACGGCGGCGGAGGGGGCGGGGGCCCCGCGGCCGCCGUCUCCUCCGCGGUCGCAGCUGCGUCCAGGCGGUUCCAGCACCUGCUGGACCGGUCCACGCCCCACGUCGGGCGGCGGUGGCUGGCCUUCGCCGGCGUGGCGGCCACGUACGCACUGCGCGUCUGGUUCGCGGGAGGGUACUACAUCGUCACCUACGCCCUCGGCAUCUACAUCCUCAACCUCCUCAUCGCCUUCCUCUCGCCCCAGGUCGAUCCCGAGUUCGCCGAGGUGCUCGGCGAGGAGGGAGCUACGCUUCCCACCCGCGCCUCCGAUGAGUUUCGCCCUUUCGUACGCCGUCUCCCAGAGUUCAAAUUCUGGUAUUCCAUUGUUAAAGCAUUCUGUAUUGCUUUUGUUCUUACAUUCUUCAGCGUAUUCGAUGUGCCUGUGUUUUGGCCUAUUCUUCUCUUCUAUUGGGUGGUUCUGUUUACAGUCACAAUGAAGCGACAGAUCCUUCACAUGAUAAAAUACAGAUACGUUCCAUUCUCCUUUGGGAAGCAGCGUUAUAAUGGAAAGAGAGUAGCUUCUGCUGAUGACCUCACCCUUCCUAAGGAUUAAAUACUUGGGGAUCUGUAACCGCAAAAUGCGUUUUUAGUUAUGCAGCAGUUGGAAAUGGCCUAUAGUGGCUGCACAGUCAGCUCUAUCGCAACGAUCUGAACGUUGUAAAAUGCUAAA